AGACGUGGCAGGGUCAGCUAACCCACCCUCUCCUCUCUCCCUCGUAGACCAUGCGAUGCGCCCCGCGCCCCGCCGCCACCGCAGCCUGUGCGUGCACAAUGGCGCGCGUUGGUCACCACCCCGUCUCCUACACCACCACCACGCUUCGUAUCGCCACCCCACAAUUCCCAGUUUCCCACGAACCCGGCCGGCAACACGAUCACGCGUACGUACUCCACCAGUACGUCUCCUUUAAAACACGAGCUAGCUAGCUAGCUCCGAGAAGCCCCGCAAAGUCUUAACCACACCUCGAUCGACCGGGGCUGCCUUGGAGAAGAAGCUCGCCAUCGCGCAGACCCCACCCCUUCACAAAGCCACAUCGUCGUCUCAUCAGAUCAACUACACCCGCCCAGCCUCUUACUUAAACCCGGCUUUACACCUUUGCGCCAGUAGCCAAGCAAGAGCGCGCGCGCGUACAGUAGGUGUGCACGAUCGAGUUAGCUAGCCAGGCGCUGUGCACAUGCAUGCCAUGGCGCGCGCCGUGCACGACCGCCUCCCGUUCCUGGCCUCGCCGGCGCCGCCCGCGCCGGCGCCGGCGAGGGUAAGGAACCCGUCCCUCUCCGAGAUGCUCAGCCUCGUCACCGCCGCCACCGUCGCAGACCCGGACGACGACGGCUCCGGCUCCGUGCUCUCUCUCCCCAUGCCGCUGGGCGGCGCGCCCGCGCCUGGUGGCCGCGUCGACGACAGCAAUGCGGGCGCCGCAGUUGGCCGGGCCAUCCAGUUCCGGCUGACGUUCAGCGACCUGACCUACAGCGUCCGGCGCGCGCGGCCCAGCGGGCACGGGCUCCGCCUGCUGCCGCUGCACCGCGUGUCGACCGCCGCGGCGGCGCCCGACGCGCAGCAGACCAGGGCGCUGCUGGACGGCGUGUCGGGCGAGGCGAGGGAAGGCGAGAUCCUGGCCGUGAUGGGCGCCAGCGGGUCGGGCAAGUCGACGCUCAUCGACGCGCUGGCCAACCGCAUCUCGCGCGGCUCCCUCAAGGGCUCCGUCACGCUCAACGGGGAGCCGCUCACGGGGAACGUCCUCAAGUCCAUGUCCGCCUACGUGAUGCAGGACGACCUGCUGUUUCCGAUGCUCACCGUGACCGAGACGCUCUCCUUCGCCGCCGACUUCCGCCUGCCGCGCUCGCUGUCCCCCGCCAAGAAGCGCGCGCGUGUGCAGGCGCUCGUCGACCAGCUGGGGCUCCGGGCGGCCGCCAACACCAUCAUCGGCGACGAAGGCCACAGGGGAGUCUCCGGAGGGGAACGCCGCAGGGUGUCCAUCGGCACGGACAUCAUCCACGACCCGAUCCUCCUGUUCCUCGACGAGCCCACGUCCGGGCUCGACUCCACCUCGGCCUUCAUGGUGGUCAAGGUGCUCCGCCGCAUCGCCGAGAGCGGCAGCAUUGUGAUCACCUCAAUCCAUCAGCCCAGCCAGCGGAUCCUCGGCCUGCUGGACCGGCUCAUCCUCUUAUCGGGGGGACGCACCGUGUUCAGCGGAGCGCCCUCCGCGCUCCCGCCCUACUUCGCCGAGUUCGGCUUCCCCGUCCCCGACAACGAGAACCGGGCCGAGUUCGCGCUCGAUCUCAUCCGCGAGUUCGAGUCCUCACCCACGGGGACGAAGCCACUCGUGGACUUCCACCGCACCUGGAAGCUCAUGCACGCCGGGGACACUUCGUCGACGGGCGCUCGCCCGUGGGAGCAGCCGACGAUGUCGCUCAAGGAGGCCAUCGGCGCGAGCAUCUCGCGCGGGAAGCUGGUGUCCGGCGCGGCGGACGUCUCGCACACGUCGAUGCACACGUACGCGAACCCAUUCUGGGUGGAGAUGAAGGUGCUGACGAGGCGCUCCGCCAUCAACACGCGGCGCAUGCCGGAGCUGUUCCUGAUCCGGCUGGGCGCCGUGGUGGUGACCGGCGGGAUCCUGGCCACGGUCUUCUUCCGGCUCGACCAGUCCCCCAAGGGCGCGCAGGAGCGGCUCGGCUUCUUCGCCUUCGCCAUGUCCACCAUGUUCUACACCUGCGCCGACGCGCUCCCGGUGUUCCUCCAGGAGCGGUACGUGUUCCUCAGGGAGACGGCGUACGGGGCGUACCGCAGGGCGUCCUACGUGCUCUCCAACGCCAUCGUCUCCUUCCCUCCGCUCGUCGUCCUCUCGCUCGCAUUCGCGCUCACGACGUUCUUCGCCGUGGGCCUGGCGGGGGGCGCGUCCGGGUUCGCCUUCUACGCGCUGGCGAUCCUGGCGUCCUUCUGGGCCGGGAGCGGGUUCGUGACGUUCCUCUCGGGGGUGAUCCCGCACGUGAUGAUCGGGUACACGGUGGUGGUGGCCAUCCUGGCCUACUUCCUGCUCUUCAGCGGCUUCUUCAUCAACAGGGACAGGAUCCCGGCAUACUGGCUGUGGUUCCACUACCUGUCGCUGGUCAAGUACCCGUUCGAGGGGGUGCUGCAGAACGAGUUCGGCCGGGGCGGGGAGUGCUUCGUGCGGGGCGCGCAGAUCUUCGACAACUCGCCGCUGGGGGCGCUGCCGGAGGCUGUGAAAGCGCGGGUCCUGGCGUCCAUCAGCGCCGCGCUGGGCGUCGCCAUCGGGCCCGAGACGUGCGUGGCCAAUGGCCGGAGCGUGCUCGUGCAGGCGGCCGUCACGCAGCUCGGCAAGUGGGAGUGCCUGCUCGUCACGGCGGCAUGGGGAUUCCUCUUCCGCCUGCUCUUCUACUUCAGCCUCGUGCUCGGCAGCAAGAACAAGAGGAGGUGAUCCCUAGUCGUGCCCUGCAAUCCUGCAUUUCGUACAGGCCGGGGGUGCCCGGUGCGCGGGUACACAUGCAUUUGAACCGUCCAAGGCAUGGAACUGGAAGGAAAGAGAGAGGUUGCAAUUGCUAUUGUUAAGGAAGGGACGACUUGAUUAUGUAGUUAGAUGCUGCUAUCACCUAUCAUUUCUGCAAUUGUUAAAGAGAUGUACUUUUGACUUGUUUUUCUUUUCUUUUCCUUGUGAUUUCGCAAGUCAAAUAAGUGGUUUUGCAUAUGCCCACUGGCCUUGUAGACUUUUGAAGUACUAGCAGUAUUUUGUUUUCUUGCUUGUUCUAAACCCAGGAAAAACAAAAGGUACCACGGAUUUUCCGUCGGGUUCUGGUUGUUUUCUU